CUCCAAGUAGGAGGUAGAUAGGUACCAAGGUCGAAUCACCUCAAUCACCAAUCCUCAAUAUUAGGUUAGGUACCUAUUGACCCAUUACGUACCUCUCUUUAGAGGCAUCUCUUUAGUGUCUCUUUUGUAUACCAACUUUAUUUAAGUCUUCAGAUAUUCUCUCCCCUUUUCAAUAAUCACCAGGUACCUAUUUCAUCAGGUACUUAUUUCAAUACAAGAUGAAUCCUCGUCAAGCGUAUGCCCCAACGCCCCAUAGCUAUGUUCCUAAUACCGCUCUAUCAGCUACAAUAAAUCUAGAUGAGGAAGUAAAGCUAGCAGAAACUCGUGCCGAGAGAGAUUUACAAGAUUCUCUCGCCGAAAUCUUUUCUAUUAUUGUCACCCUAGAUGAACUAGAGAGGGCAUUUCUCAAAGAUGCUAUUCCCGAAGCCGACUAUACUGAGAUCUGUGAACGAUCGCUUAAACAGUAUAAGUCAAUACUGGCCGAUGAAACCGUGGCUAAAGCUUUCGUGGGUCUCGAAGAGUUCAAGGCUGAAUGGGACCUUGAAGUUCCCCGGGCGACGGAGAGACUUAGAGUGGGCAUGCCGUCUACUGCUGUUACUGCAUCAACAGGCGCUGCCCAACCAUCUGCUUCCGGAAAUAACAAGUCUGGCGCUCUCAUCCUCGAAGCAACGCAGGACUUUAUUACCUUCCUAGAUGCCUUGCGCCUCGGGCUUCUGGCAAAGGAUCAAUUACAUCCUUUACUAACCGAUGUUAUCCAGAGCGUCAACAAAGUUACUGACCGAGACUUUGAGAAUCGUGGUAAAAUUGUCCAGUGGCUUAUCACAUUAAACCAAAUGAAGGCGACCGAGGAGUUGAGCGAACAACAGGCCAGGGAGCUAGAGUUAGAUAUCAACUCAGCAUAUUUGGGCUUUAAGAAUACACUGAACUAAGAUUUCCACGGCAGAGCUAUGGGAAUCGUAAUGGAUAUCGCGUCGUUUUGUCAAUGAUAUAAGCAUUGAGAUAACACCGAUUCAUUUUUGAACGACUGAUGACUUGAUGACAUCUGAAAGAUGCUGAGAAGAUGCUGAGAAGAUGUGGGCCAUAGGAUCCCGUCUUUUAAGUUUUACUGGUUAAUUGACCUAAAGAGACCCACUGAUAGGGCGCAGGUCUGUCA